UUCGAAACUCGUGGAGCGGCGAUGGACAGCUCUCCGUCAAAACGGCUUAAUUUAUACUUUUGCACUUAAUAGCUUUCCACAAAGCCGAACAAGACGGAAGCGGAACCAUGGAUGGACUUGAAAUGUCUGCAAUGAUACCGGCUCUUCAAGAGCUAGCUAAUGCCAGCGCUGCCGAGUACGAAGCAGCGGUGCAGAAGCCCCGGCAGAUCCUCUGCCAGUUCAUUGACAGGAUACUGACAAAUGUGGAUGUUGUUGCUCUGGGCUUAAAUAAAAAGUCCAGUUCGGAGCCGGCCUGUGUAAUGCUGCUGGAUUUUGUGCAACAUAUAGUCAAAUCCUCAUCUCUGAUGUUUGCCAAUCCUGCCUGUCAGCCUGCUGAGUAUCCAGACACCAUACAGAGCUGCACUGACUUCAGUAAGUGGGUGGCGGUGCGUUUGCUCCGCAUCGGAGCAUCUCCGGGCUGUGAUGUCAUCCACGGCCGGGUCUCUGCUGUGCUGUGCUCCUUGCUUCACUCUCUGCGGGUCCGGGUGCCCUUCAUCUUCAGCUGCCUUGUUCGGGAGUUUGUUUUAAUGGCUCAAGACCUCAGCAACGUCCUGGACGCCCACAUAGCUGCGCUGUGUGGGUCGGACAUCCGCACGCAGAACCAGUGGCCCGUGAAGCUCGAGCGCUUCCUCUUCUCCACCACGCGCGCCUCCUACCUCACCCAGACUCCCCUCGUUCUCUCGUCGCCUGCCGCCUUGGAGUCGCUGACCGCUGUCGCUCUCGGCAUCAUAACCGACACUCUGAGGGGAGUCGUUUCCUGUCGCGACCUGAGCGCGGCCUGGGAGACGGCCUGCUCUGUUUUGGCGAACAGCAACACCAGGCUGAGGAAGAUUUCCAUGGCGAUGUUGCGAAAACUGGUGGAGCUGAGAAAGUUCGACGAGACCCAGAGCCACAAUUUCUUCGCUGCCUUUUUUCACCUGCUCGAAACGUACGACUUCUCGGAUGAGAAGGAGCCCUACGAAGGGGAGCUGCUGAAGCUCACCCGCUGUCUGUUUCAGUCAGCUCACGUCUCUCACUCGGAUUUCGAGUCCGUCUACCUCUCGCAGAUGUUCGAGUGCGUUUGUGCUCUCGCAGGGGCAGGAGUUAAGUUCGGAUCGGAGCUUACCGAAUCCCUCUGCGUUCUCUUCAGCUUCUCGUUGUCUGUCGUCCCGAGUUAUGAAGGUGCCGCCUUGCUGAGGAGGCAACAGGUGGCGGACGUCUGCAGGACUCUGGCGCGCACCAUUGGGACAGAAAAUCAAUCUGAAUGUGCAGAAGGGUUCCUCCAAGCUGCACUUCAGGCUGAGAAAGCUACCGUGAUGCAGAAGACAGGAGAUGGAGAGACGCCCGCCAAGAGAUCCCGCAAAUCUGCCGACAGCGAGCUGGACAUGCGUGUCGGCAGUGAGGUUUGGGCCGCAUUAAAUCAACGUGUUGAGGAGCUGCUGACUGUUCUGAGCUCAUCCUCUGCAGAACCAGAGAGCCUGCAGACCCUGUCCGCCCUGCAGGGUCUGGCCCUCAUCCUGCACCUGGCAGUGCUGUGCUCCUCACCCCUCAGUUCCUGUCCUCUGGUCUGGGUUUCCACUGAGACUAUGAGCCGGGUGCUGAAGAGCUGCCAGUCGGUGCUAGAAGGAGCAUCUCGGCCCGUCUCUCAUCAGGAAUACUUUAAGUCUGCUUUUCAAUCGACGAUCACAGUUCUUGACUCUAUUCUCUACCUGACAUUGAACAGCCAGAUUGAAAAUGGGCUCCAGCGGCGUGUGUGUGCCCUGCUGUCUCUUCCUUGGGUGUGUGAGAACAAGUCUGCUUCGGCUUUUAAGAGUUCAGGGUUUCCUUCCUGGCUCUCCACUUUGGCUCAGAGACUCAGCUUCUGUUAUUCACAUAGAGUCCAGGCGGACUGUGUGUCGCUGCUGGCCUUUCUGCGCCGGGGCGUGUGCGACGGCUGGCGCGUUUGCAUCUUCGGCGACGCGCUGCGGAGCCAGGGCGAGGCGGUGAGGGCCACGGCCGUCGAGGUCUUCCCCAUUCUGCUUCAUCACCUGGGACCCUCACACCACGACCUCAUUGGCACCGCUCUGCCGUCGCUGCUGGAGGAUGAGUCAGAGCGGGUCAAGGUGGCGCUCGCCAGGAUUGUUGGGCAUCUCAGCUGCGUCCAGUUGGAGCUUUCCAAGCUUUGUGACUCCGACGUAGAGGCCACGUGUUCUUCCAAAGUCCUCUGCCUUCGCUGGAGUCUUGCAGCUCAUCAUGCUGGGAAUAAAGCGCCAUUCCUCAAAGCAGCCGUUGUUAAACCAUUCAUAGCUUUACUCAGACCUCAAACUGCCAGCUGUGUCAAACUAGCGUUUCUGGAAGGCCUACCUCACCUCUGCCAGCACGUCAACCUGCUCGGUGCGGACAGCGACUCCCGCACCAUUCUCUGCGCCCUGAUCGGCCUGAUCGAGGACUCCGAUCCCGCCGUUAGGACGCGUUUUAGCCAAUCCGUGCGUUUCCUGCUGACGGAGUCCACGAGGCACUCGGAGCAGGAUACGCUGAGCGAGCUGCUGGUUGCGCGUCUUAAGGAGGCGUUCAGCAACGCCAAAGCCAGCAGAGACGACGACCUGCGAAAGACACUCAUCCUCACCACAGGAGAAAUCGGCAGGGCUUCUCAGGGCAGUCUGGUGUCCUUCUCCCUGCUGCGUCUGCUCCACUGUCUCCUGUCCAAGUCGGCCACUGUGUCCAUUGAUGCUUACACUCAGAUCAGAGCGCUGGCGGCUGCUAAAGAGCUGAAGCUGCAGACCCUGUUCAGCCAGUAUAAGAACCCCAUCUGCCAGUUUCUGGUGGAGUCGCUGCAUUCGCGCCACGCCUCCGCCCUGCGGAGCACGCCCGACCAGACCAGCGAAUCGGCCACUCAGAGAGAGCUGGCUUUGGACAUUCUGGCUCAAAUCGCGCAUGCUUUCGACUUCCCGGACCUCCACCGCUUCCUCACCCGAACGCUCCAGGUGCUGCUGCCGUACCUGGCAGCCAAGGCGAGCUCCACAGGCUCCGCCCUCAUCCGCGCGCUUGCUAUCGAGCUAAAGGCGAACAGGAGAGAGAUUCUGAUCAACAAUUUCAAGUACAUCUUCAGUCAUCUGGUUUGCUCCUGCACCAAGGAGGAGCUGGAGAGAGCAUUUCACUAUCUACAGAGUGAGACGGAGAUUGAGCUGGGUUCCCUGCUCAGACAGGACUUCCAGGGUCUCCACAACGAGCUGCUGCUUCGUCUGGGGGAACACUACCAGCAGGUUUUCAACGGUUUAGCCAUCUUGGCCUCCUUUGCAUCCAACGAUGAUCCAUACCAGGGUCCUAGAGACAUCACCACUCCGGAGCACAUGGCUGACUACCUGCAGCCCAAGCUGCUGGGGAUUCUUGCUUUCUUCAACAUGCAGCUGCUCAGCUCCAGCGCAGGGGAGAAGGACCGCAAGAAAAUGGCUUUGACGAGCGUGAUGGCUCUGAUGCGCCUGAUGGGAUCCAAGCACAUCAGCUCCGUCAGGGUGAAGAUGAUGACGACGCUUCGCACGGGCCUGCGUUACAGAGAGGACUUCCCUCUGCUCUGCUGCCAGACGUGGGAGUGUUUUGUGAGGAGUGUGGAGCCCUCCCACCUCGGGCCUCUCUUGAGUCAUGUUAUUGUUGCCCUGCUGCCCUUGAUCCCCCUGCGGCCCAGAGAGACCGCCGCUAUCAUUCGCUUCCUCAUCCUGGACAACAGGGACGAAGUAAACGACUACCUUCACGAGAUUUACUUUCUGCCCGAGCAUCCGGAGCUCAAAGACAUCCACACGGUUCUGCAAAAUUACAAAAAGCUGACGGCCAGCAGCAGCGACCUGGCCUCCGCUCUGCAGCUGUCGAUGAGAGCCGUUCAGCAUGAGAACGUGGAUGUGAGGAUCCACGCUCUGACCAGCCUCAGGGACAUGAUGCACAGCAAGCAGGAGUGGCUGCUGCAGCAGGUGUGUGCCAGCGAGGCGGUGGAGCCUGUCAUCUCCAGCCUGGUGUCCGUGCUGCUGAAGGGCUGCCAGGACUCGUCCCCCGAGGCCCGGCUCCUCUGCGGGGAGUGUCUGGGAGAGCUGGGGGCCGUGGAUCCUGGACGCCUGGAUCUGUCCCACGCACACUCCAAGGGCGACCGCAACACCUUCGUGAGCGGAGUAGAUGAUCCCAACUUUGCCCAUGACCUGCUGACUGAGCUCACCAGAACAUUCCUGGCCUACGCUGAUAACGUGCGAGCUCAGGACUCCGCUGCGUAUGCCAUACAGGAGCUGCUGUCCAUUUUUGAGUGUCGCGAGGGGAGAACUGACUCAGCGGGCCGUCGCUUGUGGAGGAGAUUCCCAGAACAGAUCCAAGAAAUCCUGGAGCCUCACCUCAACAGCAGAUAUAAGAGCAGUCAGAAGGAGGUGAAUUGGUCCAAAGUGAAGAAGCCAGUGUACCUUAGCAGCCGAGGCAGCAAGUUUUCUGACUGGUCUGCCACCUGGGCUGGAUACCUCAUCAGCAAGGUGAGACACGAGCUGGCCAGCAAGGUCUUCAAGUGCUGCAGCUUCAUCAUCAAACACGACUACAAAGUCACCAUCUACCUGCUGCCUCACAUCCUGCUCUACAUGCUGCUGGGCUGCACACCUGCAGAGCAGCAGGAGGUGACGGAGGAGAUGCUGGCCGUGCUGACCGAGGGCGACGGACGAGGAGGGGGCGGAGUCCAGGAGGCAGCCUCCAGCCUAUCACAGCUCAGCACUCAGACUGUGUUCAGCAUGCUGUCACACCUCACACAGUGGAGCCGCCACAUCCUUUACGCCAAACCCAAAGUCACAGAAAGGGGUGAUUAUGACCGUGUGGUGGCCUUCCUGAAGGGUAUCCCACAGGACGUGCUUGCUAAGGCCUCCCUGCGGUCCAAGGCGUACACUCGAGCCCUCAUGCACUUCGAAGCGUACAUCCUGGAGAACAAGGAGAACAUCCAGGACCACCUCAGCUUCCUGCAGACGCUGUACGCGGCGAUGCACGAGCCUGACGGAGUGAGGGGAGUCAACGCUCUGAGGAGGGAAGAGCCGUCGCUUCAGGAACAGAUACUCGAACAUGAGAGCAUUGGUUUGCUGCGAGAUGCGACGGCUUGUUACGACCGGGCCAUACAGCUGGAGUCAGACCAGAUCGGUCACUAUCAUGGAGUGAUGAUCUCUAUGCUCGGCCUGGGGCAGCUGUCCACCGUCAUCACGCAGGUUAACGGAGUACUAGCCAAUAAGCAGCAGUGGAAGUCAGAGCUGAACACCUACAGAGUGGAGGCCGCCUGGAAGCUUGGGAAGUGGGAUCUGUUGGAAGAUUAUUUGAGUUCAGACCAGCAGUCGUGCACUUGGGGCGUGCGGCUCGGCCAGCUGCUGCUGUCGGCGAAGAAGCAGGAUGCGGAGAGUUUCUACGAGAAGCUGAAGCUGGUGCGGAAAGAGCAGGUGGUCCCGCUGUCCGCCGCCAGCUACGAGUGUGGGACCUACCAACGGGGAUACGAGUACAUCGUCAGGCUCCACAUGCUCAGCGAGCUGGAGCACGCGUUCACCGAGCUGCGGGGCGCUGGAGACGGCUCCGCCCCCAGCCUCACCAAGCUGCCUCCUCAUUGGUCCGACCGCCUGGAGAUGACCCAGAAUUCCUUCAGGGCCAAGGAGCCGAUCCUGGCCAUGCGGCGAGCCCUGCUGAGCCUCAGACCACAGCCCGUGUGUCAGGAGCUGGUGGGCGAGUGCUGGCUGCAGAGCGCCCGGGUCGCCAGGAAGGCUGGGCACCACCAGACGGCCUUCAACGCUCUGCUCAACGCAGACAACACCAACCUGGCUGAGCUGGUCACGGAGAAGGCCAAGUGGCUCUGGUCCAAGGGCGACGUGCACCAGGCGCUGAUCGUCCUGCAGAAGGGCGUGGCCCAGUGUUUUCCUGAUGACCAGCUGCUGACCGAGCCUCGCAGCCUGCAGAUCAAAGGGAAGGCCAUGCUGCUGGUGGGACGCUUCAUGGAAGAGACGGCAAACUUCGAGUCCAACGCCAUCAUGAAGGCGUACAAGGAUGUGACCAACCUCCUCCCAGAAUGGGAGGAUGGGAACUUCUACCUAGCAAAGUACUAUGAUAAAGUGAUGCCAAUGGUGACAGAUAACAAGCUGGAGAAACAGGGGAACCUCAUCCGAUACAUCGUCACCUUCUUUGGAAAAGCCCUGCAGUUUGGGAACCAGUACAUCUACCAGGCGAUGCCUCGCAUGCUCUCCCUCUGGUUGGAUUUCGGAGCUAAAGUGUGCGACUGUGAGAAAGCCGGACGAGCCGACCGACAGAUGCGACAGGAGCUCGUGAAAAUCAACGCAGUGGUCGAGGAGCAUUGCUCCAACUUGGCGCCCUACCAGUUCCUCACCGCCUUCUCCCAGCUCAUCUCCAGGGUGUGUCACUCCAGCGACGAGGUCUUCAAGGUUCUCAUGAAAAUCGUGGCCAAAGUGUUCCUCGCGUACCCGCAGCAAGCCAUGUGGCUGAUGACCGCUGUCUCCAAGUCUUCUUACCCCAUGCGCAUGAACCGCUGCAAUCAGAUUCUUAAGAGCGCCAUCAGUCUUAAAAAGCCUCUGGAGAAAUUCAUUGGAGACGCGAACAGACUCACCGAUAAGCUGCUGGAGCUCUGCAACAAGCCGGUGGACGGUAACAGCACCACCCUCAGCAUGGGCGUUCACUUCAAGCAGCUGAAGCGGCUGGUGGAGGAGUCCACCUUCAGCCAGAUCCUCAUCCCGCUGCAGUCUGUCCUCAUCCCCACGCUGCCCUCUACUGGCGGGGCGAACACAAAGCAUGACGCCUUCCCCGGACAAUGGGCGUACCUGGACGGCUUUGAAGACGGCGUGGAGAUUUUAGCCUCGUUGCAGAAGCCCAAAAAGAUAAGUCUGAAGGGCUCAGAUGGUCGGAGCUACACCAUGAUGUGUAAACCUAAAGAUGAUCUAAGAAAAGACUGCCGCCUCAUGGAGUUCAACUGUCUCAUCAACAAGUGUCUCCGUAAGGACGCCGAGUCGAGGCGCAGGGAGCUGCACAUCCGCACCUACGCCGUGAUCCCACUCAACGAGGAGUGCGGCAUCAUCGAGUGGGUCAGCAACACCGCUGGGCUGCGAUACAUCCUCACCAAGCUGUACAAAGAGAGAGGCAUCCACCUGUCGGGUAAAGAGCUGAGGAAGCUUAUUUUACCCAAAACGGCUGCUUUUGAGGAAAAACUACGAAUCCACAAGGAGGUGCUCUGCGCUCAGCAUCCGCCCGUCUUCUAUGAGUGGUUCCUCCAAACUUUUCCUGACCCUGAAUCAUGGUACAGCAGUCGCUCUGCAUACUGCCGUUCCACUGCUGUGAUGUCCAUGGUCGGCUACAUCCUGGGACUUGGCGAUCGCCAUGGAGAAAACAUCCUCUUUGACUCUUUCACUGGGGAAUGUGUCCACGUUGACUUCAACUGCCUCUUUAACAAGGGGGAGACAUUUGACGUGCCCGAGGUAGUUCCUUUCCGACUUACCCAAAACAUGGUCCAUGCUAUGGGGCCAAUGGGUACUGAGGGUUUAUUUAGACAGGCCUGUGAGGUCACGCUUCGACUGAUGCGAGACCAGAGAGAGCCACUCAUGAGUGUGCUGAAGACCUUCCUUCACGACCCGCUGGUGGAGUGGAGCAAACCAUCCAAAGGACUGGUGAAAACCCAGGCCAAUGAGACAGGCGAGAUAGUUAAUGAAAAGGCCAAAACACACGUGUGUGACAUCGAGCAGCGUCUCCAGGGGGUGAUAAAGAGCAGAAAUAAAGUGCUUGGCCUCCCUCUGUCAAUAGAGGGACAUGUGCACUACCUCAUCCAGGAAGCCACAGAUGACAAAAUGCUCUGUCAGAUGUAUUUGGGCUGGGGUCCAUACCUGUAGAAAGAUAGAUACAUGUUACGUUAAUCAUCAUAAAGCACUUUUUGAGUAAAGUUUCAGUUUGGCUGAAGUUCCUGAUUUUUUUAUUUUUAUUUUAUAAACGGUUUGGAUUGUAUGUGCUGUUUGUAAUAAAGAGAUCGUCUGUUGGUUA